CUCCCUCUAUUCUCCGUCUUCGCUCCCUCUUCUCCAAGUCUGAGUUCCGAGCCUCCUCCCCAUUUGCGCGUGAGAAGAGAGAUGGCCGACUCCUCCGUCGCCAUUACGCUGAGGCCUCCCACCGCCGCCGCCGGGCCUAGGAAGACGCGCAUGCACCGCCUCAUCGAGGAGGAGGGCAUCGUGCUGAUGCCGGGGAUCUACGACGCGCUCUCCGCGGCCGUCCUCCAGAGCUUGGGCUUCCGCGCCGGUUUCGUCUCCGGCUACGCCGUCUCCGCCUCCCGCCUCGGCAUGCCAGACAUCGGCCUCCUCACGCCGCCGGAGAUGGCCGACGCAGCUCGAGCAAUCUGUGCUGCUGCUCCUAAUGUUGCAUUCAUCGUCGACGCUGAUACCGGAGGUGGCAAUGCUCUCAAUGUCCAAAGGACCGUCAAAGAUAUAAUUGCUACUGGUGCUGCUGGCCUGUUUCUUGAGGAUCAAGUUUGGCCAAAGAAGUGUGGACACAUGCAGGGUAAACAGGUGAUACCAGCUGAGGAUCAUGCUGCAAAAAUAGCAGCUGCAAGAGAAGCCAUUGGCGAUGCCGACUUUUUUCUUAUUGCUCGGACUGAUGCUCGUGCAACCGCAGGUGGCCUACCUGACGCAAUCGCUCGGGCUAACCUCUACAUGGAGGCAGGAGCAGAUGCCUGCUUCGUAGAGGCACCAAGGAGUGACGACGAGCUGAGAGAAGUCUGCAAGAAGACCAACGGGUUCAGAGCUGCCAACAUGCUCGAAGGCGGGUUCACGCCCCUGCACACGCCGCAGGAGCUCAAAGAGUUGGGCUUCCAUCUCAUCGUGCACUCCACCACAGCCGUCUAUGCAUCUGCUCGUGCCUUGAUCGACGUACUCAAAGUAAUGAAGGAAGAGGGUACCAGCAGAGGCCAACUCGACAAGCUCACCACAUUUGAGGAGUUCAACAGCUUGAUCGGAUUGAAGACUUACAAUGAGACCGGAGCUCGAUUUGAGAAGUUUCGAGUUCCCUCCAACUAAACAUUGGAAGGAAUUCGUCAGUGAUGGAUGUGAUGUCAUCAUCUCCAUGAAGCAUAGCUAUUAAGUAGGUUUAUUGUGUCUGUGCUCUUGUUUAGCUUCUAGAUUUGAUAUUCUUGUGAGGACUUGAGCUACUACUGUGAGCUUUCUCUUUCAAUAAGAUCGAAUGAAUAUUAAUAAGAUGAGACAAUAAUUAAACCAGUUCUUCCUAAAAA